AUGACUACGUCGGUGCGGUACAAAUUCCUGAGUUCUAGGGAUUUUUCCGAGAUCCAAAUACAGGGACCUUACGUAACCGUCGGGGAUCUGAAACUGGCGAUUUUCAAAGCCAAUUUCAAAGAUCGAUCUGCCGAUUCCAAAUCCCAUAUCUGGAACGGUUGCUGUUUGGGAACGGAUCACGAUCUCUCCAUCAUUGAUCCCCAAACCAAUACCACUUAUUCCGAUGAAAACGCGCUCAUCUUUGACAAAUCGUCCGUUUUACUCCGGCGGAUCCCAGGCGACCGCCGCCGCCAACCUCUGAACACGACGACGAUUGAUCUCCGUCCGGCGGUUGAAGAAGUGAAGUCUGUAGAAGAAGAAACCAAGUCCUACUCUGCUUCGGAUUCGGUAAUCACGACGACCAGUGGAAUCGAAGAUCUCGACUACGAUGAUUUUGGUGGUGAUGUCUAUGCUAUUCCUUCCCAAGUGACCAAGCCGUCGAUAGAGAAGAAGAAGAACACUAUUGCUCCCGAGAAGAAGAAUAGUAUUGCUCCGGCCGCAGUUGAUAGAGACGAGGAGAGCAAGAUCAUGGCGUUGGUGAAUACUCCGGCUCUGGGAAUGUGGUCGGCAAGAAAGAGAAAAGCGCCUUACUCUACUCAGCCUCCUCCCAACGGCUACGUCUGUCACCGAUGUGGGAUAAAGGGUCACUUCAUUCAGGACUGUCCGACCAACGGCGAUCCCAGUUACGAUCAUCGGAAAAGAAUGCGGCCACUGUCAACAGCUCCCAGUGCAGCCGCCGACGUGAUAACAACCAGCAGCAGCAACAGUGGCGGCAGCAAGAGCAAUGGUACAACAACGGUGGGUGUGCCAGCGGAGCUUAACUGCCCAUUAUGCAGAGGGAUCAUGAGAGAGGCGGUGUUCGUGAAGAGUUGCUGUUUCCAGAGCUACUGUAAGGGUUGCAUUAGUGACCAUGUGAAGAGAUCCAAGUCGUGUGCUUGUGGGGCGAGGAAUGUCGACGAGGGUGAUUUUCUGCCGAAUGUUACAGUGAGAAGCAUGAUCGAUUCCAUUUUGCAGCAGCGUCGGAGUUGCAGUACUGGUAGCAGUGUGGGGAGCAAUAGCUGCUGCUCUACCGUCAUUGGUACCUAG